GGGGCGGUUUGCGAGGAUGAUUGAAGAUGGAAUGAAGAUGGAAUGAAGAUGGGGAAGAGGAGAUAUCAUGAACAUUCACGAACCGAUUGCAUGGAUGCACCCCACACGAACCGAUUUAUGGAGUUGAUUUAUGGACUUGGUCGAAGCGAUCCUGACCCUCCGGUGUUCUAUUGAUUGCUCAGGGAUUCUCAGCUCCUGCUUGUUCUUCUGCCAGGGCUCGGGCUCAAGCUCAAGCUGCAACAAGCAGUUCAGCCCGCCCUUCGCGUCGCCCGAACCGCGCGGAGGAGUCUCGCCACUGUGGAGCUACCAGGGGCGUCGCUUCGGCAUGGCCUGUUUUUCCACCUUACGGUGGCGUGCGAGCCGGGCACAGGUGGUGCCUGAGCAGGUCUCUGAAUCGGCCUUUCGUGUCCACUUGCAGGCGGAGCUGCUCAAGGAAGAGACGUGGAAUGGCUGGGGCAUCGUGGUGUCCAGCGAUGAGGCCAUUCAGGAGCUGGUGAUCGUCGCCAUCCAGCAAUCCUCAGCAGUGAAAAAUUGGAACCUGGAACAUCCUGAGUGUCCCAUCGAAGUGGGCCAAGCGAUCCUGGAGGUGAAUGGAAAGACCCAGCGGAACGAGAUGCUGCAGGAACUCUGGAAUGGAAAGGAUCAGGACGGGAAGGCGUUGCUCCAGAUGCUGAUCGACGUACAGCUGACCCCUCGGCAGAGAAGCUUCUUCAAAGCUGCGAUCCAGAGA